AUGCUCCAGGGCUUAUUGUCAACUUGCUGCUUUCUUUUCCCCCUGUAUCUUAUUUACAAACCUCCGGCUGUCCUCAUCCGUUACCUCCAAAAUCGCUGGCCCGAUGUUCUGUUCCACCACCCAGUUGCCAAAAAAAUUGUCGCCCUGACUAUCGAUGACGCCCCAUCAGCACAUACAGUGGGGAUUCUCAACCUACUCAAGAUCCAUGAUGCAACGGCAACCUUUUUCGUGAUUGGAUCCCAAGUGUCCGGGCACGAACAGGUCCUCGCCGACCUCAUCCAGGCCCGGAGUGAGUUGGCCAAUCACGCAAUGUACGAUGAGCCCUCGCGCGCCUUAAGCGACGCGGAGCUGACGGAGCAGAUUCUGGCCGUUCAAACCAUGAUAGAAGAAGCAUACAAUGCGGCCAGCCAAAAUCAAGGCCCCGAGGGCUGGUACUUUCGCCCGGGGUCUGGCUUCUUCAGCUCGAGAAUGCGGCGCUUAGUCGGAGCAUUGGGGUAUAGGCUCAUCUUGGGAGACACAUAUCCUCACGACCCACAAAUUCCUUAUUAUAGCUUGAAUGCGAAGCAUAUCCUAAGCAUGGUUCGACCAGGCAGUAUCAUAAUCUGCCACGACCGCAGGGAGUGGACGGUGCCGAUGCUUCAAGUGGUCUUGCCGGAACUAAGACGAAGGGGCUAUGGUGUUGUCACAGUAUCUGACCUCUUACGAGAACCAUUGUAUAAUAAGCGUGCUUCCGCAAAGCAUCAGUCCAUGCGCCGCAAGGAACAUUGA